AUGCAUUCUCAUUUCAGCCUCCGACAUAUCCCGACCCUUUUCGCCUCCGCAGCAACGACCUUCGGCGGUGUCAUUCAUUUCUUCAACGCCGAAUACGCAAUCUCUCAAGCCGUCAUGGUCAUCGGCAUGGCACGCAUCACAGCGAUAGGAAUAGCAAUCUUCACCGUCUACCCCCGGGGGAAGCUCGAAGUGGUGAACACUGUGAUGGCAAUCCUCAGAUACGUGGGUUUUGUUAAUGGCUUUAGAGCAGGUUCGGGAUUGGCGAUUGCUGCUUGGGGUUGGUUUAGUAUGACGGCGGGCAGGUAAUUAGGGAUAAAAUUCGUUCUGUCACUCGGUGAGACAUAAAAGUCGAUGAUUAUUUCAAGCAUCUAUUUUCCAG